AUGAGUAAUCAACAACAACCGCAACAACUACCAACACAACCAUCAAUAAGUGAAGAUAUUGAAAUUAUUGGUGAUCAACCAUCGACCCCAUCGUCAUCAUCAUUGUCUUCAUCGUCGUCUUCGAUUCAAGCACCUCCUCCCAAGGAUGGAAAGGACAGCAGCAAAGAGCAAACAUGGAAAUUCAAAGCGCAGAACCCAACCGACUUUAAUACGAGCGGUAGACGCCGCAGAAGAAACUCUGAGCCUGGUCUCAUGGUGCAGCGAAACUACAAAAACUACAUGAUACAUUGGAAGCUAGACACUAAAAAGACAAACACCAAAGGUGUAGUUCCGGCUGCUUCAAGUCCAAAACCUGUAAAUCCUCUGCCUCAACAACAACCUCAACCUCAACAACCUCAAACCAUUCCUCAACAACAACAACAACAAGCAUUCAUUCAACAACCUCAACAACCUCAACAACAACAAUAUAUGAGUAGAUCACCUCCACUAAGAUCAUCUGGACAUUUGAACAACAACAAUGGAUCACCAACAUCACAUCCUCCAUUCCCACCUGGAUCAUCGUCGUCUGCAUUCACGACAAUUAACAAAAGAGGUGGAGCAGAUGAUGGUAUCCGAUCAUCAUUUGAUGACUUGCCACUACCACUACAAUACCAAUCACAAUACUCGACUGGAAGUAGUGGUAUAACACAUCUAAGAAAGCAUUCACUGGGAGGUGGAGGUGAGGAUCCAUCAACAUCCUACAAAUUCCAUCAAUAUUCUAGACCUCAACCUCAACAACAUCAUCAACAACAACAACAACAACAGCAACAUGAUCAACAAAUGGGUCACCAUGGAGAAAAUGGUAGUGGUGGUAUUCAUUAUGGCAAUCCUCAUCAUCAUCAUCAUCAACAACACAACAAUAAUAAUAACAACUAUCACCAUCAGCACCAUUAUUCUAUACCAUCUUAUGAAGAUGAUCAUCAUGCACCACCUCCACCUGGCGCAUACAAUAGAUUACAACAACGUCGUGUAUCAUUACCAAAUCUUCCUAAUCGUACUCCUUAUUCACCCGAACGACCCCUCUCUCCAAUCCAUGAAUCAUCCUAUUAUUCGACACCUUCCAAUACCACCGCCAACACCAACACCACCAUGUCUGGUGGACCCGGACACCAUCAACAACCUCCAUUACAUCCAUCCCAUAUACACUAUCAACAACAACAACAUUAUACACCAACUCCACCUAUACCUUCACCACUCCAUUAUCACCAUCCAUCCAACAACUCCUCUUCGUCGUCGUCGUCAUCGGGUAAUAUAUGCAACAGUAAUAGUAGUAGUAGUAAUUCGUUGCGUCGACCUCCAUCGCCAUCGUAUGACUCGGCACUGGAUAUACCGGCACCAUCGUCAUACCAUAUACAUGAUAAGAAAAUCACCACCAAUCGUAUCUCUUCCUCUCCAUUUGAAAAUGAACAGCAUCAUAAUAUAUACACCAAUAAUAGUAGAGACAGAGACAAUAGCAGAGAUAGUAGCAAUAGAUUGGAAAGAGGAGAUAGUGAUCUAUCAUCUUCAACUGGACGACUACCAUCGAUACAGUUAUUGUUAAAUAAUGUAAAAUUAACUGAUUCCCCAACCCCAAAUAAUAAUAAUCAAAAUAAUAAUAGUAAUAGUAAUAAUAAUCAAAAUAAUAAUAUUCAUCAUCAUCAACAACAACAACAUCAACAUCAUCAUCAACAACAACAACAACAACCCGAAAAUACUAAUAAUAGAUUUGAAUUUGAACAACACCAUAACCAAAGAGCAACACAAUCAUCUGGAUCUGUACCGUUUCAUUAUAGUACCAAUCAACAACAACCAGGACAACAACAACAACAACAACAACAAUAUUCCAAAAGUUCACUAUCAUCUUCAUCUCCUCCCAUUUUUUUGACUACAAACCAACAACAACAACAACAACAACAACAAGGACAUCCAGGACAACCUCAACAACAACAACCAGGACAACAACAACCACCACAACAAUCGGAAAAUAAGAUGUCAGUAACCAAUUUACUAUUAGAUUAA